AUGGUCUACGGGUCUCUCUAUCGUUCCAGGCAGCAAAAGGCGUCGUCCACUGCUUCGCGUCCUAGUGAUACACCGAGUGGGGAUUCUCACACGUCACAGGAAGUAUCAAAUUGUAGCAGCGAUCGCUUGAAUGCGAAUGCUAGUGGCAAUACGGACAGUGUCACUUCCAAUGCCUAUCUCCACUUCACUGAGCAGCAACAGGAUGCACUCUUACUGGAUGCACGUGGCAAUGCUGCUGCUUUACUAGUGGACGCCGUUGCGGACGCGGAAAAGUGGCAAUUUGUCACGACACGUGGUCCACUCAAUGUCUACGAGCUUCGUGCUGAUUCAAUGCACCGCGUGUCCAGCAUGAUGCCCGCCGAUCCAUUGCAAUUGUCUCAAAAUAUGCACACAAUGUUGGCUACAACGCGGGUCCGUGCAACAUUGGACGAUUUCAUGCGUCUCAUGGCGUCUCCUAAGCGAGAUACGUUCCAGAACGUCCAAGCGGCGUUGUUUGAAGAGCGUGUGCAAUUGGCCGACGUGUUUACGAGCUUUGGCGUUCUUCCAAGCGGUCGAAACGACCGGAGUUCAUCCACUUCGUCGACUAGUUCGAGUUCGCACUCGCAGAGUGGAGUCGAGACGGAGCAAUACGCCAUCAAGUACGUGUCUAUCAAGGGCCGAACGGCACGGAACAAUUCCGGUGCUACAUUAAACGCUAGUUCAGCAUCUACUUCACUCAAGUUUGGAGGCAAGAAUCGACAUCGCGAACGACAAGCGGCGAGACUACACCGUGGAAAAGGACGCAAGGGUGCGGACAGUGCACAGGAGCAAGGACUGACGCUUUGUGUCGCCGAGUACGCUACGAUUCGUCGAGCGUACAUUCGUGGUCCGAUGGCACACAAUCAGGCACAAGACUUUGAAGACCAGCGAAUCGGGAUCAUCUCACAGCACUCGAUUGAAGAUCCAGGAGUCACACGCUACUGUAAACCCAUCGUGACGUCUACAGCGACGAGAUCGAAGGUGUCAUCAUCGCAACAGGCCAAUUUCGCCUUGACUGCAAGAGCGUUGAUACAAUUCUCAGGAUUUGUUGUGUACCCUGUGGCAUCAUCGGUUGCAGGCGAGAAUGUACUGGAAGUUCUUAUCAAAUUCAGCUGUUACGACGCCAAUGGAGUCACAGCUACACGACGACAGAACAUGCUGGCGUACUUGACUGCUUUCCAGCAGCUGGACACAGUGUUGCUUGUCAUGCGUCUACGAGAGUCUCCCUACUUAACGUCGGAAAACUGGGUCAAGGCUCGGAAGAUUUGCUGUGUGUGUCAGGGUAAGUUCUCUAUGUCACGCAGGAAACACCACUGUCGUCUGUGUGGUGACGUCGCUUGUUCCAAGUGCUCUGAGGUGCACCAAAUUAAACUUGGAAAGGCUGGUAAGUGUCCUUUCCGCAUCUGCUACAACUGCGAACCCGGAACGGAUGAUAACCAAAGGUUGAGCAAAGGACGGAUGAACCUUCAGGCCCAGGGUGUAGCUCAACCGCCCAGGAAUCCAGGGGACAGCAUCACUUCUCUGCGUCGUCGGCUUGGUAGCGGUAGUGCACCACCACGCAGCCCUGAGGAUGACGAGGAGUACAGUCGUCCACCAUCGACGAAUUCAAGCAGUGGCGACAGCUCGGACAUGUAUGACUCGCAGGGUCUACUAUCAUCCCAUGCGUCAACGACCGCAGAUCGGACAUUGGGGUCGAACAUGUCUGGAAGUACGGUGAGCAGCUUCAACAGUAGCCAUGGCCUGGGAGCAUUUGGCAAGAGCAGCAGCUCCAAGACGUUGAGCAUCAGCAGCCUUGGUGGUAGCUUUUACAAACCGAGCAAUGCAAGCAACGCCACAACGGCAAGCAGCUCUCGCGGAAGCCGCUUCGAUUACGAGAGCGAAAAUGACAUUGAAGGAAAUGAUAUUGAUGGUAAAGACGACGAUAGCGACACUGACAGAGUGGUGGAAAGGACUCGGGUUUCCCAAGAAGUGGAGAAGGAAUCUGAAGUCGACUCGAGCUUGGAUGCCGACUCGAUUGAGGCGAUUGAAGUGGCAUCCGUGUGUUCGUCAUCACCGUCAUCACCUAGCAGCAUUGUGAUGCAGAGCGAUCAGUUUUACAAGCGAUUCUCGGAGCUAUCACUGAUGGACUUCCAUGACUCAGAGUUUGAUCUGUCCCUUAAGGGCGGACUUCCCGGUGCUGGUGCUGGGCGCUUUACAAAUAAGUCUGAACUGGACGUUUUCGACUUUGAUGAUUCAGAGGCUGACGUGGAUUCGGGCCGAGAAGACCUUGACGGUAUCGGUGAGGAAGAGAACGAAGACGGAGAGAAGGAUGAAGAGGAUAUCUGUGACUUUGACCUUCAAGAGCUGGACGAGGCCGACGAGGAUGAUGGAAUGGAGUUUCACGACUCAAAUGUCGGAAUCGACUUUAAGUUACAGGAUCUUAACUUACAGGAGUACCAGGGCCUUGACGAACUCGAAGAGGGUGACGAAGAGUACGAUGAGGAGGUAUUGGAGGAGAUCCACACGAAUAUGGUGCUGAGUAGAUCACAUGUGGGGUCACCUUUAGACGAACAGCGCGCUGCUCGUCUCGCCGAGUACGGCAUUAUGGACUCGGGCAAGGAGCACAUUUAUGACCUUGUAGCAAAGCAAGCGGCUCAGCACACAAACUGCUCGCUGGCCACGAUUAGUUUCGUGGAUGCCCGACGGGAAUUCAUCAAAUCCAGCUUUGGUCUAGCGCGUGAGCUAUGCGAGGUGCCUCUCUCUCACUCGCUUACAGCGGAGAUUAUGCGACGCUUUCCUACUCGUAAGGGUCCUGUCGUUAAGCGCACGAGCAUUGACGAAGAAGUUGAGGAUAGUGGAGAGGUCGUGACGGUGCUGGACGCGAAGCAAGAUGACAUUCUGUCUACUAAUUUUAUCGUCACUGAGGCGCCAAACCUACGGUUUAUCAUGGGCGUGCCGUUCCGAGCGAGUGACGGUGUUGUGCUUGGUGCGCUCAUUGUAGCAGAUACCCAGUCCCGCACCUCCGUGUCAUCGCGACAGCGAUCGCUGCUGGAAAACCUUGCCGAGCAGGUGAGUGCGUUGCUCGAAGAUCUGUGGACACGGAACCAGGAGCGCACGAAGGUAAAUAGCUCGCAGUCUGGCCACCAGAUUCACGACAAACUUGCCGACCUGCUCUCACAAUCGUACACUACCGGUUUGCAGAUGCAGCAGAAUGAGCUAAAGAUUCAGGAGCAGUCAUCGUCGUCGGUGACUUCGUUCACACACCAGCUCCAGUACGCCAACGACUUUCACCAUAUGCAAAGCGUCGAGUUAUAA